GUAAUGAAAAUUAAUUGUAAUCUCUGUUAUUAAUGAUGCACCAGAGGCGGUAAAAAAUACAAAAAUAAUAAAUAGGUUUAAUUAAUUCUAAUCUAGAGAUCGUUACGUCAGCGUAAUUAAGAGAACUGAAAAAAUGUCAACAGAUGAAGACGAAGAAGAUGUAAAACCUGAAGAUGCAGGGGAGGGGCCUGAACCCUACCCUUAUGGGAAAUACGAGGGUGGCAGAGACGAUCAAUUGGACCGGCACGGUUUUGGCAGGGCUGUUCUACCAAACGGGGAUAUUUACGAGGGGCAUUACAUGCAUGGAAAACGUCAAGGGCGAGGGUUGUAUGUCUUUAAAAAUGGGGCUAGGUAUGACGGCGAGUGGAAAAAAGGUUUGAAAUACGGAACUGGUAUGUUUAUUUAUCCCGACGGUAGCAAGUACGUUGGUGAGUGGAAACGCGACCUGAAGCAAGGCAAAGGAACCUAUUAUUAUGUUAACGGAGAUACUUAUGAGGGUAGUUGGUACAAAGGAUUUCGCCACGGAUACGGCACCUACAUUUAUAAAUCACUCAACGUAAUUCACACUGGGAAUUGGAAGGACGGCAGAAUGGAAGGGCCAGGAAUUAUCGAUUACGGGUGCUACAAAUAUCACGGAAAGUUCGAAAAGAAUCUCCCGAAAGGGCCCGGAUGUUUUGUUUUCGAUAAUAACAAGUUUAUGCAACAUGGGUUUUACGUGAAUUUGAGAAACCCGGCAUUCGAUUACGUUGGCGCUGAUAAACUCGCUCUUGACGAUACGAAUUUAGAAAGUCCAGAAUAUCGGGGUAAUCCCAGAGGGAUCGUGCCAUUAUGGCGAGCGAGAUCUGUGAGUCUCUACAACCCCGAACUUCUACCACCGGAACCUCUAGACUUACCGAUAGUUGACUCACAAGAAAGUCUUAUUGAUAUUAUCGGAUAUUUGCAACGAUUUGAUCAAGAAGGUGUGGGCGGAAAGACUGAAGAAGAAGAACAACAUUUACCAUCACCCGUAAACGAAAAGGGAGACGCAACGGAAGAAAUGCCAGGAGACAUUCCCAUAAACUGACUUCAAUAAAUUCGUUUUAUUAUAUUUACAUUGAGAAAAAUUAAGUUUCAAAAAAAUAAAUACCCCAAUUCGCUUACUUUA